UUGAUAUUUUUAUGCUUUCAGCACAUCCCUAGCUCCAAAAAUGUAAACAUUUCGGAAUUCGUAUAUUUGAUAAAACAUGAGUAACAUUGUGCAGUAUAUCGUAGUCCGGAGCGACUUGCGUUCCGCCCUCAGUUGGCCCUUGGGGGCGGUGAUCGCCCAGAGUUGUCAUGCCACAGCAGCCGUUAUUCACCUGAAUGCCGAGGACGCCGACACUGUGGCCUACCUGAAGGAUCUGGAUAAUAUGCACAAAGUGGUGCUGGAGGCCAAAGAUGAGACUGCGCUGGUCAAGCUCAGCGAAAAGUUGAAGGAGCACGAGAUUAAACACAAGUUGUGGAUCGAACAACCCGAAAAUAUCCCAACCUGCAUCGCCUUGAAGCCUUAUGUUAAGGACACGGUUCAUAAAUAUGUCAAGCACUUUAAGCUUUUGAAAGAGUAACACGUUUUAAAGGAGGCUUUUGACUAUAGCUAGUUUUGCUCCAUAUGGGGAAGCAUAUACUUAUCAUAGUUAAGCGCCAUAGGCCUAGCAAUAUUAAAAAUGUGUAUCACAUCUCAGAAUGGACUAAGCUACAGGGC